CUUCUCUCCAUCUUUAAUAUCAUUCUAGUUUAUAUUUCAACAUGGUAUCAGAGCGUUCCAUUCCAGUUUAGUUUUCUUUUCAGAUUUGAGUUUAGUUUGUUAUCUUAGUUUAGUUUUCAGACUGUGUUCUUUCUCCUAGAAAUAGAUUUCAGUCCAAAAUCUUCAGAACCUCGAGGCAGCACUCUCUGUCUCCAAAAUCUUCAGAACCUCCUCCUCUUCCCAGAACCUGUUUCAAAAUUCUUUCUUCAGGAAUUUCAUUUUUUUUAAGAUUCUUCAGAACCUUUCAGAACCUUGGUACAGUCCAGACAAAAAGAAAAAAGAAAAACAAUCAGAACCUUAGUCCCAAACUCAGAGCCUUCGUCCAAAAUUCACAGUAGCAAGGCAUUUUUCCAGAACCUCUCUUCUGAGACUCUUCCCAAGAAUUUUCCCAGAACCUCCGAUUUCAGAAGCCGUCAAACGAGAUUGAAAACUCAUCUUCGGGCAAUACAGAAUCUUGCCCUCUGCCCCCCACCAGAUCGCCCUGCCUCUGCCAAAUUCUGAAACAAGUUGUUUCCGCCACUGCACCUCUCAUAUUUCUGGCAUCGAAAGUUUCCAGGGACAGACGCACAUUGUAGUCGUUGGUCGCGCCUCGCUGGGUCUCGCAUUAUCUCCAGACAUCCGCUCCUUCACUGAUCGCUCGCUGGGUCUCGCAUCAGAUCUGCGCAUGUGCUUUGGAUUUAAGUUUGGAGUCGGUCAAAGCCCAAGCUGCGUAUUUUAUUCUCCUAAGCCCACAAACAGGAAAGUUGCCGAUCUGUUAACGAAGCAGAUUAUUGGUAAAGGACAUCAGUCAGCUGGUCUUUAUAUUUUGGAUACAUCCAUCACAAAAGGUAUCUCUUGUCUUGGGGUUGGGACUUUGUUAGAUGCUCAUUACCGAUUAGGACAUCCAUCUCUCCCAUUAAUGAAGCAAAUAAAUCCCCAAUUUAAUAAGAUGACCUCUUUACAAUGUGAGUCAUGUCAAUUUGCGAAACACCAUCGUACUAGCUUAAGCCCGCGAGUUAAUAAACGAGCAAAUGCUCCAUUUGACCUUGUUCACUCAGAUGUUUGGGGUGCUUGUCCGGUUGUGUCUAAAGCUGGUUUUAAAUAUUUUGUUACCUUUGUUGAUGACUAUUCUCGUAUGACAUGGCUGUAUUUCAUGAAACGUCGAUCUGAGUUGUUCACUCAUUUUUCUUCCUUUUGUGCUGAAAUUAAAACUCAGUUUAACGUUCCUCUUCGGGUGUUAAGAGGAGACAAUGCCCAAGAAUAUCUAUGUGCUACAUUUAAGUCAUUUAUGCUUCAACAUGGCAUUAUUCAUCAAACUUCAUGCGUUGACACACCUCCUCAAAAUGGAGUUGCAGAACGAAAGAACCGACAUCUGUUAGAAACUGCAAGGGCUCUUCUAUUCCAAAUGAAUGUGCCUAAACAGUUUUGGGCAGAUGCCGUGUCUACUGCAUGUUUUUUGAUAAAUCGAAUGCCAUCUUCUGUUUUGAAUGGUAAAGCUCCUUAUCAUUGUCUAUUUCCAAACAAAGAGCUUUUUUCUAUCCCACCUAAAAUAUUUGGUUGCACUUGUUUUGUUAGAGAUGUUAAUCCUCAUCUUACAAAGUUAGAUCCCAAAUCAUUAAAAUGUAUUUUCUUGGGUUAUUCUCGAGUCCAAAAGGGGUAUAGAUGUUUUUGUCCGAGUACUGGUCGGUAUCUUGUUUCUAUUGAUGCAACAUUUCAUGAAAAUACACCUUUUUCAUCAUCUAAGGCAGAUAUUCAUGAGAGUAAUGAUGAUAUACUCAUUUACACGAUGACUAUUCCUGAGUCCACACUUUCGCCAAAUAUUCCACAAGUUACUGUUCCUGACCCUAGGCCUCCCGUACAUUUGGUAUACACCCGUCGACACAAAACACCUGAUCACCCUCCACCGGCGAUACCGGUGAUUACUUAUCCUGAUACUAGUUCGACUCCGAUCUCAUGUCCUGAACCAGUACCUGCAUCUUCAGAUCUUGUCUCCACAUCAGAUCUUGACCUCCCAAUAGCACUACGUAAAGGUACGCGGUCUUGUACUCAUCCUAUUUCUUCAUUUGUGUCGUACAAUCAGUUAUCUCCUACUUCAUGUUCUUUUAUCGCUUCCAUUGAUUCUAUUUCUGUUCCCAAAUCUGUCAAAGAAGCUUUGUCUCAUCCUGAAUGGCGUCAUGCCAUGGUAGAGGAAAUGAAUGCUUUAGAUCUUAAUGGUACUUGGGAUUUGGUUGACUUGCCUACGGGGAAGAAAUCUAUUGGAUGUAAGUGGGUCUUUGCUGUUAAGGUUAACCCAGACGGAUCUGUUGCUCGGUUGAAAGCCCGAUUAGUUGCGAAGGGUUAUGCUCAAACCUAUGGUGUCGAUUAUUCUGACACUUUUUCUCCUGUUGCUAAAUUAACAUCUGUCAGGUUACUUAUUUCACUCGCUGCAACUCAUGAUUGGCACUUACAUCAGUUGGACAUUAAAAAUGCAUUUUUGCAUGGUGACCUUGGAAGAAGUCUAUAUUGAGCAACCUCCGGGAUUUGUUGCUCGGGGGGAGUGUGGUAAAAUUUGUCGACAUCGCAAAUCUCUUUAUGGUCUAAAACAGAGUCCUCGUGCAUGGUUUGGUAAAUUCAGUCAAUCAAUUGAACAAUUUGGAAUGAUAAAAGGCAAAUCAGAUCACUCUGUCUUUUACAAACAAACAGAAUCAGGUGUCACAUUGCUUGUGGUGUAUGUUGAUGAUAUUGUGAUUACAGGGAGUGAUAAUGCAGGUAUUUUGGCCCUUAAGAAUUUUCUGCAUAGUCAAUUCCAGACGAAAGAUCUUGGCUCUUUGAAAUACUUUCUGGGAAUUGAGGUAACACGAAGUAAGAAAGGCAUAUUUCUAUCUCAACGUAAAUAUGUACUUGACUUACUAGCUGAGACAGGGAAAUUAGGGGCAAAACCAAGUACAACACCCAUGGUUCCCAACGUGCAACUCACUCAAGAAGGCACACCGUUUGAAGACCCAGAAAGAUAUAGAAGACUGGUUGGAAAGCUUAAUUAUCUCGCAGUCACUCGUCCAGAUAUUGCUUAUUCUGUGAGUGUAGUGAGUCAAUACAUGUCAUCUCCAACCAUUGAUCAUUGGGCUGCAGUAGAACACAUAUUAUGUUACUUAAAGGGUGCACCAGGACGAGGUAUUGUUUAUCAAAAUCAUGAUCACAUGAGAAUAGAAUGCUUUGCAGAUGCUGAUUGGGCCGGUUCUAAAGAUGAUCGAAGAUCUACAUCUGGUUAUUGUGUCUUUGUUGGUGGUAAUCUUGUAUCUUGGAAGAGUAAGAAGCAGAAUGUGGUUUCUCGUUCGAGUGCCGAAUCAGAAUAUCGAGCUAUGGCACAAUCUGCAUGUGAGAUCAUAUGGAUAAGCCAUCUAUUGACCGAGCUCGGACUGAAGACAUCAAUACCUGCUAAAUUGUGGUGUGAUAACCAAGCUGCUAUACACAUAGCAAACAAUCCUGUAUUUCAUGAGAGAACAAAGCAUAUUGAGGUCGAUUGUCAUUUUAUUCGAGAGAAGAUACAAAAAGGAUUGAUCUCUACAGGAUAUGUGAAGACUGGAGAACAACUUGGAGAUUUGUUCACUAAAGCACUAAAUGGAAUUCGAGUUGGUUAUUUAUGUAACAAGUUGGGCAUGAUAAAUAUCUAUGCUCCAACUUGAGGGGGAGUGUGAAAGUAUAUUAGAAUAUACUUUAGAAUAUGCUUUAGAAUAUAUUAGGAAUAUACCAUAUAUAGUAUUAUUGAAUAGCAUCUUUUAUAGGAAUAUUCUAUCUUUGUAAUCUAUAUUUAUAGGGCUUUACCUUUCAAUGAAAUAUAAAGAAAAUUCUUCUCUCCAUCUUUAAUAUCAUUCUAGUUUAUAUUUCAACAGGAUGAAAGCUGAAGUUAAUGUUCAACCUUAUAAAAUGGUCUUAUGCUCCAAUGAUCCAGAACUGAACUGUUCCAAUUGUGUUCUCAUAAUGGAAACCAAACUAGGUGAAGAUGUUGGAAAUAUAGAAGUGGAACCUUAUUUGCUGGAAGGAAUAGUUGAGUAUCAAUGUGCUGAGUACACAUGUGCAGCUCCUCCUUUGCUUAUCAACACCCCAGUAUACAUCUGGCAGCAGAGUGCAUCAGAAUCCAGAUUGGUGGUGGGGUUUGUUAGCUGCCAGACAUCUUUGGAAAGGUUCAUGGUCCAUCAACCAGUUAGAUAUUGGGAAGGGAGAGGAACAAGGAAGAGGCAGAGGAAGCAGAAGAUGUUGGUCUUCUCCUAUCUCCCACCUUGAGGGCAAGGUGGAUGUUUAGGGGGGAGAUUUGUUAGCGACCCGGCCCAAUAGAGCAUUAAUAAUAAUAAGUGUACAAGUUGAGUAUAAAUAGAAUAAGCUUAGGGAGGUAGAGUAGGCUUUUAGACAUUUGGUCUUGGGACUGAUAAAUAGACUGGGACUUGGGUGAGCGAGAGCUAAUUCUCGUUCUUGGGGGGCUUCGGCUCAUUGGGAGGCUUCGGCCUUUGUUACCGAUAUUGUUUCAUCUUCUUCAUCAAUACAAUUUUCUAUUUUGUUUCUUGAUCUUUCUGUAUAUUUUCUGGAGGUUCCUAUCAAUUGGUAUCAGAGAGACGAUCACUGGACAAAACAGACUCGAACGAAGAUGGAAGGUCGCAUAACGCAGAUAGGAAGAAAACUGGAGGAGCAAAUGACUGAAAUCGAGCGAAAAUUUGACAAAUAUCAGAAGGAAUCAAAUGCGAAGUUUGAGGAAUUAAGAGCGAAGAUGAAGGCUGGCUUCGAGGAGAUUAAGAACCAGAAUAAAGGUCGAUCGAGUAGUAGAUGGCAUGACUCAUCCGCAUCGCUUCACACUUCGCACUCUUCCCAUAGGUCGCAUCGCACUUCUCAUCAUCUGC